GGGCCCGGCGGGACGGGGAGCUGCUGUCCGUUGGUCAUCGCCGUGGCAGUGCAAGCCACCGCGAGCCGUGCAUGACGCAUCCUUGAGAACACGUCAACGUUCCCGCGCCCGAACUUAAAAACUCCCGCCGUCGCGGCUGCGACCUGACCUCACGCCCCGAGCAUUGCGCAUCGUCUGCCUGCUGCUUCCGACAGGUCAUCAAGUGAACGCCCAUCCUCCCUUAACACUAUCCUGCCGCGGAGCCGAGCGUGCUAGUGUGUGGGUUCGUCACCAGGGGGGCUGGGUAUAGUCAGACAGGCGGACUGCGGUCGCAAAGAUCAGUUUCCACCCAGCCUUGGCGGAGGGAGAACGCGGACGACGCUCUCCCGUGCUCCCAGGGGCGGCCAGUGGCGGGCCGCACACCCCCAGGUCCUCCCGUGUUUGGGAUUUUGGAAAUUUUACUGUGGUCUCUUGAGGAAGUGAAAGCAGUGCUGCGCCCGCUCGUCCUUCACGGAAUUCGCCGAGACCGCCAUGAACGAGCUGCUGGGUCUGUACGGCUACGGCAAGGUGGACAGCCGCGACACCCUGGGCCUGUCGCUGCACCGCUUCACCGCCACGCACAGCCCGCCGCGCCCCACCAGCCCCGCCAGGCCCCCAACCACACGCAGCCCCGCGCGUCAAGACAAGCCCAGCCCGCCCCCCGCAGCCCACAGCCCUGCCCCGCACCAUGGCUCGGAGGCGGAGCACGACGACGACUCUCUGGACUCCGAGGACAUGGCAGUGCAGCGUCAGGCCGAGCAGAGCGUCAGGAGCGUCAGUCCGCCGAAGACUGACCAGGGCUCCGGCUCCUCCUCCCGAGGCAGCACUCCGAAGUCCGCUGUGGGCGGGAGGGGCGGUGAUGAGACGAAUAAGACAAGAUGAAGGGCUGAGGUAAAGCAGAUGUUGAGAUACGAGGACUUCAGUUUUACCUGGCGACAAAACUGCAAGACUGAGACGCUACGAGAUGCAGAUGAAAGCUGUUUGAAAUAGACAUUGGAAACAGCGGCGGCGGUAAUGCAAGCGGGACGACGGGGCUGGUGCUGUGCUCGUGGUGUGGGCGUGUGUGCGGCAGCGGCAGCAACGGGCAGCGAGGGGGGCAGCGCCUUCCAGCUCUCCACCACCAGCGGUGAAC